CCGUCCUUGUCAGUCUAGCCGUGUUUCGUCCAGGUGCGCAAACCAAGUCCGAAUUCUGGUUACGGUGCGCUCCGUUUUCAGAUGGGCAUGGCCUAUAAAGCCUGGUCAUAUUCCAAAGGUCAGGUCAUCAACAAUCCAGUUUUCAAACAAGUCAGUCUCCAAACAACUCCGUCUUCAAACAACUAUCUGCACAAUGAAGCUUUCCUCCGCUGUCGCUCUUCUCUCUGCCUUUGCUCUGCCCGCUUUUGCGACGCAGUACAAUGUGACCUACGACACCUUCUAUGACAAUUCAGCCACCUCUCUUUCCCAAGUCGCCUGCUCUAACGGUGUCAAUGGCCUCUUGACGAAGGGCUACACCACUUUCGGUUCCCUUCCGUCCUUCCCUGACAUUGGGGGCAUUCCUGGCGCCACUUGGAAUUCCACCCUGUGCGGUACCUGCUGGCAAUUGGAGUACACCACUUCCACUGGGACAUAUGAGAGCAUUUAUGUCACCGCUGUUGAUGCAGCGUACACAUUCAAUCUAUCAGAGGAGGCAUUUAACACCUUGACGGACAACACUGGUAUCGCCUCGGGCAAGGUCGCUGCUACCGCCACCCAGGUAGCCACGAGCUUCUGUGGCAUGUAAAGACAGGCAAGGAGUGUUAUCACCAGAUGAUCUUAAAAUUCGAAGAAUCAUCAGGCUUACACUACGGACCAUUUCUCACCAUUUUCGCUUCUUCUUCUGCUACUGUACUUGGUUUGAGGUUUCCCUUUGAA